AUGACGCCGAUAGAAGCUGGUGUAAACAAGCAGGCCAUAGCUGAAGCGGUUACUGACUCUACCGGAAGAGAGCUUCGGAGCACCAAGCUACGGACCCUGCGUGCUCUGAACAGACUACAGGCUGAGCUCCAAAAUGCGAAGCUCUCCGACUUCCCGAAGUUUAAGGAGACAUAUCAUCUCCCAUCUUUGAGUGCUGUCAUCAAAGAGGCGAUUCGCCUCCACACCCCGGUAGGCUUGAUUCUCGAACGAGUCGUGCCUCAAGGAGGUGUGAUUCUCUCGGAACGCGAAAUUUCCUGA